AUAACAGCAGGAGUGAUCUCACCUCUUCUCCACCCCCAAUAUCGCUUCUUUUUACGACCGAGCGCUGCGUCUUGAGCUGACAACUAACGUUAAAUCGGUCAUUUUAAAGUGGGGUUCCGUGCUCAGGACCACUGAACGGCCAUGGAAGAACUUACGGCGUUCGUCUCGAAAUCUUUCGAGCAGAAAACCAAGGAGAGCAGUAAGGAGAGUAUCACGUACAGGGAAGUUUUGGAGAGUGGCUUGGCGCGGGCGAGGGAGCUGGGGAACUCGGAGACAAGUCUACAGGACAUAACGGAAGGCAGCAACCACUGUCCGGUACAUCUAUUCAAGGAGCACGUAGAGCUAGAGAAAGAAAAACUGAAGGAGUUUAACGUUUCACGGGCCACGGAAGGGAUAUAUGAGUGUAAAGAGAAGAAGGAGGACGUAAAGUCUGAGGACGAGGACGCACAGAGCAAACUGAAGCAGCGGCGGAGCAGGACAAACUUUACUCUGGAACAGCUCAAUGAGCUGGAGCGCCUGUUCGACGAGACGCACUACCCCGACGCAUUCAUGCGGGAAGAGCUGAGCCAGAGGCUGGGACUGUCAGAGGCGAGAGUGCAGGUUUGGUUUCAAAACAGAAGAGCGAAAUGUCGAAAACAAGAAAACCAGAUGCAUAAAGACACCUCUUCAUACUUUCCAGGUGUCACUCUGGGAAUUGCCAGUCAUCUGGAUGCCUGCAGAGUAGCUCCAUAUGUCAACAUGGGAGCGCUACGGAUGCCUUUUCAACAGGUCCAGGCCCAGCUCCAGUUGGAGGGCGUGGCUCACUCCCACCAUCACCUGCACCCUCACCUGGCGGCGCAUGCACCCUACCUGAUGUUCCCGCCCCCGCCCUUUGGACUACCAAUCGCCUCUCUCGCGGACUCAGCCUCUGCAGCGGCGGCCGUGGCGGCGGCUGCCAAGAGCAACAGCAAGAACUCUAGCAUCGCUGACCUCCGACUCAAGGCAGGACUUCUGCGGGGCCAGUGGCUCAGUCCACUCCAGGCACACAUCACAAGUCCAGGACCGUACAAACACAUGUGGAUGUCUGUCUGAGCCGAGGGCCGGGCCGGGCCAGGCCAGACCGGGAGACUUUAGAACAAAGCAAACUGGCAAAGCAGGCAAGCAGGGCCAAAUACUAGAGCCUCACUGAUGCCGAUGCCGUCACGUUGACUUUACAGACUAUUGUGUGUUUGGGAAAAGACACUGACACCACGAGGCAUCGGACUAAACAUUACACACAAAAAAAUACAAAAUUUAAGAAAAAAAGAGAAAAGAAAUGGCCAUGUUCUCUGUGUAACCACUGUGUUGUUUCCUGCCGCUGCCCAGUGCAUGAGUUCUAUUGGAGGACUGCAGACUUAUCACGGAGGCUGGCCAUGUUGUAUCCGACCUAACACCCCAACUCUGUUGUAUCACUGCCAUUCAAAAUUCCCACUAUAUAUACUCUCAUCCACAAAGUCAAAGAUCAUUGGGGUUUGAUUUCCUUGAAACUGUGGACUGACAGGAAUAGGCUAAUCUAAUCCCUUACUUUCUGCUUUUGGAGGAUGGAAAGUGUAAAUGUGUUUUGCUGGGAAUGAGUCCAAAAUAAGUUUUUUUGCUGUUCUCCUCACAUUGUUCUCUCUCUCUCUCUAGCUUUCUUUCUUUCUGUUUAUCGUGAUGUUUCUUGGGAAUAGAAGUGAAGAUAUUCUUUGCACUUCAGGUCUUGUAUGUGGGAGUUUACAAACAGCACUACAAGCAGAUACUACUUUACUAAAUGAGGGUGGGGAAAGGAACCGAUUUGGGUUUUAACAUGUCAUCAAAAAGAGACGUUCACAAAACGUUUAGAAGGAUAAAGGGUAUAACUGCAAUUUUUUGUAAUUUUGAAAAUAUGAAGGAAGCAUCAGUUAAACUGAAAUGCAAUUGUGCGCAGUUUAAGUGCAAUACUGUAAAUAUGAAGAAAAAAAGAGAGAAAAAAAGCAGUUAAUUGUUAGAGAUAAACAAAUGAUUUGCAGUGAUUUGUUUCAGGCACUGAUAAAUCCGUGUGUUGAAUUUCUUUGCCAAACAGACCCGUUUUUUUCUAAAGCAUUGUAUAUUAUGUUAUGUUGCGAACUCAUCCUCAAUCAUUUGCCAUAACCCCAGAAAUGCAAUGGUUUUCAAACAUAGUUUUGUACACAUCAGGAAACUAUAAUAACUUGUUGAGGUAGACAUGAGCACCUGGGUUUGAAGCUGAAAUCAAUAACUGAAACUAGGAUCUGAAAUAAUUUAUCAUAAUCUAUUGCAUUAACAUGAGACAAAGCAUUAUGUCAAAUUCCACCAAAGAUUCUAACAAAAUGUUACAAUUGAUGUUAUAUGAAAAAUAAAACCAUGGCAGUGUUGUAGAGACAGUUUUGGCCUGUACAUGUUAAACUUGCAUUUAUUUGCAUGUUCAUGUUGCAAUUUCAUGGUUUAACAACCCAAAUAAAGAAUGCCUUCUAGCUAGUAUUAUAUUUGAAACAUUUGCAAAUUCAGAGGAUAAUGUUUUGUGUCAUUGAGAAGCAGAUCCUAGUAAGGUCUACCUCAAACAAUGUUUUACCAACACUUUCUCUGUUCUCAAACCACCAUUUAUAGUUAUUUAGCAAUGUCUCCAUUUUAAAUUAAACACAUGGGUGCUUUUAUUUAUUAUUUUUGUCUGAAAGUUUAUACAAUUAAAAAAUAGUUGAAAUACAAGUGUACAUUUUGACAUGGCUUCGCAUUUAUUUUUACAUGUUUUUUAAAUGUUACAUUUGCAACGGGAGAUGCGUGUCAGCGUUUACAAACAUUUCAGGGAUGGUUGAAUUUGAUUAAGCUCCAUUGAAUUUGUUAUGCCUACCACAAGUAUUAUCAUUUCAUAUGCAAGCAUGCCUAAACAUGAUUCACUAUACAGUUUGUAUUUUUUUCCUUUUGAUUCACAAAAUAUGAAUGUACAAGUAAACUAUCAAUAAAGUUAUAAAUAUUUGUACUGAA